AUGAUCGUAGCACUUGUGACUUUCAAUAUUGUCAUGAUAACACAGGAAAUUGACUUUUUGACGGGUAGAAAAUUGACUUGUUUUAUACAGAUGCAGGACGAAAUAAAACUAUUGAGAAGACAACAGACGCCGCAAAACAAUUCUUCCGCCGAUCAGUUUUCUGACAAGAGAAUGAGAAAUUUGGAUUCCUUGACGAAACUGACUGAACAGCAAGCUCAACUUAACUACACCGUUGAAACCAUUUUGCACCUGAAUCGUUCACAGGAGCAAUUGUCACUUUCAAUAAUACAAGAGUCAGAGGCAUUUCACAACAAACUCAACGAACAGCAAAUCCGAUUAAAUCAAUGUAUUGAAAUCACGUCAAGUCUGAAUUGUUCUCACCAACAAUUGAAGAUACAGGAACUUUUCCCAAAGGACUGCACAACUGUAUUUCGUAAAAAUGCAAAAACCCAAAACAACAGCGGUGGAGUCUUUGAUAUUUAUUCAGAAUCAAGCGACAAACCUUUCGAAGUUUACUGCGAUCUUGCAACUGAUGGAGGCGGAUGGACAGUCUUUCAAAGACGAAUGGACGGAACAGAAGACUUCUACAGAGGAUGGGACGAAUACGCCAAUGGAUUCGGAGAAAAAGAUAAAGAAAUGUGGUUAGGCUUGGAAACCAUCCAUCAACUGACUAAAAACAGAAGUUACGAACUAAGAGUUGAUUUGGGAGAUUUCAAUGGAAACACAGCUUAUGCUAAAUAUGGGACGUUCUCUAUCGCAUCUGCAAGUGAAAACUAUAGAUUGCUAGUUGGAGAGUAUAAUGGAACAGCUGGAGAUUCGUUUACACAACAUAACAAUAUGCAGUUUUCUACAAAAUAUUCUGAUAAUGAUGGAUGGUCGUCGGACAGCUGUGCAAAGAAAUACAAAGGAGCCUGGUGGUACAGAAAUUGCUAUUACUCAAAUCUGAACGGGUUCUAUUAUCAAGAUGGACAAACUGAUGUUAAAUCGGUUAAUUGGUAUUUCUUCCAAAAACAUCAAUCCCUUAAGUUCACAGAGAUGAAGUUCAGAAAAAAAGACAGUUUUCUAAUAAACUGAAAAAGCAUUGAGGAAUACGAAGAUUUCAAUUUGCUAUUUCAUUGCGAUAUUUCAAUACCAAACAUUUAUUGAUCCCAUAGCAUUUUCAUUGAAAACUCCGGUCACUGGAACUCUGGAAGGUCCAUGAUUUCAAUUUAGAAAUUAUAUUUAUUUCCCUUUAUUUAUUCAAGUAAUGACAUUCAGCACUAUUUUUCAUUGAUUGAUAAUUUGAUUUCUUUUUAAACUUUUUUCCUCUUGACUGCACUGUAAUGAAGAUUGUUGUCUCUAUUUAUUCAUCGUAGGGGAGUUUCUUUAUUAUAUUAUAUCUGAUUACUAUAUCUCGUAAACGAUUAAAUUGAUUCACAUUAAGGUGCGCUUCCAUUUUCUCGGUCAGUUAGUUACACCAAUAGUCAGUCAGUGGUGGGAUUCAGCCGGUUCGCACCGGUUUUAUAGAACCGUCGUCUCACGGAAUUUAAUGAGAUCAGCGAACCGGUUAGCAUUACUGGUUACUGUCAAUGUCCUGUUUGUAACAGAACCGGCUAAAAAAUAUGACUUUUGUGACGAAACCGGCUGACAAAAAAUUUGAAUCCCACCACUGUUUAUAAUGUAUUCAUUGUUUUAGGAUUUAUUUCUUGUUUCGAAAUCUUUCUCCUGUCACCUUCAAUUUUAAAUGUUUGUAAGCUUCUUUUUCUUACUUUUAAAACUUAUGAGUAACAUAAUCUCUUCCCACGAAAUAGUAAGUAUAUUUAUGAGC